GUGUUCUGUUCUGCCAUAUCUUUGUUACUUCCUAGUGAUCUAAGCUACUUUAUUGUCAACCUGCAAGUCAAUAGACACCCAUUAAAAAGAAGAAGAAAAAAAGAAAAAAGAAAAAAAAGGUUUGCUGCUAAUCUUGAAUCAGAGAGAAGGGAAGGUAUACAAAGAAUAAGCUGAAGAUGUGUUUGGUGUUUGUAUGUGAUGAAGAUGAGAGGGUGUUACAAAGACAAGCAGCUCCAGGGGCUUGUCCUUACUGUGGAGGGAUGGUUCAAGCCUUGGAUGUGGAGAGCCAGUGGAGAUUCUGCUUUCUCCCUCUUUAUUUCAAGACUAAACGCAGAUAUUACUGUACCCUUUGCACUAGGCGUCUCAUCAUCCAAUAAUUUUCCCUAUCAUAUGACAUAGGGAAAAGGCUGUGUAUAUGUUAAUCUAAGUUUUUGUAGUUUGAUUUAUGAAAUGAUCGGCAAAAGAUUGUUUUGGUGCAACUGAGCAACUGUUCUUGUUAUAUCAAGACUUCGUUCUUCUUUUUUAA